CACAAGAUGCGGCGUACUCUGCAGCUCUUGGAAAAGAGCCUCUACAAGUUGACGUUGUAUAUUCGCAACUCGGCAGAUUGGCGACUGAAACGGGCUUGCAAUCCUUACGUGGUCGGACCAACUUGUAAAGGUGGCAUGUCAUCCAACGUCUAUAUCGACAUCUUCUGAUGGCUGUCAUUGGUAGGGCUGGAUUUUGUUGUGUACUUUUAGCAUCAAUUCCUAUUUGGGUGCUUACCGAGAAAGAGAACCCCUCUUACGUCUGAAAAUAGAGGCAACGUGCCUUGCUAUCAUGGCUACUAUGAUUAUGUCUUUACCCCGAAGAUUCUCAAGUAGAAAGGUAAGGACUGAACCCAGAUUUUGUGUGACAAUUCUCUUCAAGUUCAAGUGCAAUAUUUGGAAAGAGAGACUUCCGCUCGCAUAAUCUUAUAUUACAAUGUCAGACCUCUCAAACAAGAUGGCUCUUCAAGCAAGUCGACAAAAGUCUUUUCCCAACGUACCACAGCGCACGGCUUCCAAAGAAGGGAAUAGGUCACGGAGUGUUUCUGGAUGUUGGACUUGUCGGCUACGAAGAAAGAAGUAAUUGAGCCCUGUCCGUCAUGAAACUACCAAUGCUAAUUAUUUAUAUAGGUGUGAUGAGACGGGGCCAGAAUGCAUCACCUGCACAGAACGAGGACUGAAAUGCUCGGGUUUUGGAGCUAUCAAGCCAAGAUGGAUGGAUGGCGGAGCACAACAAGAAGCUGUUCACCAGGAAAUCAAAGCAACCGUUGCAUCAGUGACAAGAAUGAAGAGAAUGAUGAAGUUGGUACAGUCCAGAGAGAAGGCAUCACCUGGACCAAGAAGUACUUCAAUUCCACCUGAGCUAUUCAACAACGUAAGCGGCUCUUUUUACAUUCAAGAUAGUUGCUCUUCAGGCCCAUCUCGAGCCGCAUCAGUUGGACCUACACGGCUGAAUUCACUGCCAAGUCAAAACACACAACCGUGGGUGUCUUCUGAGGUAUCUCCCGACUGGAAUUUCAACACAUUUCCGCAUCAAGACGAGACUUCCUUCUUUCGACUGGCUGAUGGAAGCUAUAAUUCUUUACCAAGUAGCUUUCCAGCUCCAGUGAUGAACGAGAACUGCUUUUACCCUCCAACAACGAACGGGCAAGAUACUUUCUACCAUUAUUCUACACCAGAGCCAGACAGCUACCUGCCUUCUACUACGAAUUCUUCGGGGUUAGCUCCAAAUUAUGCUAUUUUCCCACAAACAUACGUAUUUCCACCUUCUCCAGUCUCUUCAGUUACCACUCCUGAUAAGCCAGAUAUGAAGUUUCAGACUCCCAGACGACUACAGGAGAUAUUUCCUCGUGAAGACAACAGUCGCCAAAAUUACCAGGAGCGCAUGAACUUUCCAGCCAGAAACCCACAACAAAUGCCCCUUUCGCCAGUUUGCGAAAAUGGGCCAGCUCAAAACUACGAUAUGAGCGUCAAGAAACCAGUAUUACUGCUCCCAAAAGCCGAGUGUCCUCGCCCAACCAACCAAGUCUACAUCUCGUCACUGGAACUAUCUGCGCAACAAAACUGGAUUGAAACCACAAACAAAUUGCCUUCCUCUCCAGUCAACCCUCGACUACAGCAAUUGAUAUCCGCAAACGUCGAACUGUCAAGACUGGUGGAUCUCUUACGAACAACAGAAAACCAAGAACGGGACACUCAUCUAAAAGAUGCUAUCUCUUGGGUAUUGAGAAUUCGGGAUGACUACCUCACGGAAUGCGAGCAUUCAACUGCUCGCGUCUUAUCGAACGAUGACCUUUCCUCACUUGGGAGCUCCAUACGAUUCGCAUUAUGGACAGAUAUUACAACCCGCACAUUCGAAAGCGCGGAAGUCGAAUCCCCAUUCAGCCCUUUCAGGGGUCACAUAACUCGUCUUCUAGAAGCUAGCAUAAACACCCAACAAGCAUAUCUCGGCCCAACAGAAAGCUGGAUCUUCACGGGCAUCGAAAGCGUGACUCGCCUGGCUCAGAUGCGUGCCGAACUAGCUAGAGAAGGCAUCUUUGGUCACCAAGAGUCCCAACAACAUGAAUCUGCUGUCCUCAGAAACCUCGAAUAUCAUCUCGACAAUCGCGAUUCCCUCACUCCGCUAGACCCAAAGACCGCCCUGAGACGAAGCAUCUUCCUCCACACAAUAAUGAUCUACUUCCACCUCGUGGUACAAGGUCCCAACCCGGAGUCCUUUGAAAUCCGUAAACACGUCGAUAUCGUGAUCCGCGACCUCGUUGCGCUCAAUGAUCCACAAUCUCUAUCUACAGACUUCGUGUGGCCAUUCUUGGUAGCCGGAUCCAUGGCAGGUCCAGAACAUCAUCAAGCACUCCACCAACUAUUCUCCACAAAUCGGUUUUGGGGGUCGCCGACGAAGAGGUUCUCAAAUGCGUGGCAGAUCGUACAGGAGUGUUGGGUGAUGAGGGGACAGGGGUUGUGUGCUGAGUGGAAGAGUGCGAGGGAUAAUUUGGUGGCUAAGGGGUAUACUGUUGAUACUGCGUGCUGGUAAAAUGAGGAACUUUUGUAUUUCUGGAUCUGUCAUGGAAGUGCGAGACGUGUCGCGGAAACUGGGACCUGUGAGAUUCGAUUCUUUGUAUAUAUAGAUCUUUGGUGCGGGUUCUUUUCCAUGCUUAGGUACCACGUGGUAAGCGGCGAGCACUCCUUUUUAGGCGAGGAAAAUGUAUUUUUAGUGGGGUUGGAGAGUUUUACGUAUAUAGGAAUACAGGAG